AUGCCAACGAACGGCAACGCGACCGGCUCGGACGCAAACGACGAAAACGAAAUACACGAUCUGAACUUUGAACCGUUCCAGCAACCGUCCGACCCGGAGCACUCGACUUCGAAGGAGGCUGGCCUGAACGCGCUGAUCAGCAGGACCCAGUACCCACUCAUUCAGCAGAAUGGCCAGCGCCGAUACGGUCCUCCUCCUGAUUGGGAGGGCGCGCCUCCGCCGAAAGGGUGUGAGGUGUUCAUCGGCAAGCUACCUCGCGACGCCGCCGAGGACGAGUUGGUUCCAGUCUUCGAGAAGGUGGGCAAGAUUUACGAAAUGCGACUGAUGAUGGACUUCUGCGGCGGCAACCGAGGCUACGCGUUUGUCAUGUACACGAAUCAAAAGGACGCGAAGCGAGCGUGCCAGGAGUUGAACGGUUACGAGAUACGUACAGGCCGUUUCAUCGGAGUGCUCAAGAGUGUUGACAAUUGCAGAUUGUACAUCAGUGGCAUACCACGCGAGAGAACCAAAGAAGAGCUGAAAGUGGAAAUCAGCCGAUUGACCGACGGCGUUGUAGACGUCAUCCUCUACCCCAGUGCCAGCGACAAGAACAAAAACCGAGGAUUCGCGUUCAUUGAGUACAAUUCUCACCGCAGCGCCGCCAUGGCUCGUCGCAAGCUCAUCCCCGGCAAGACGAUGUUGUACGGUAACGAGGUCACUGUAGAUUGGGCGGAGCCGGAGCGGGACGUCGAUGAGGAGACCAUGGCACACGUAGGCGUCGUUACUUCGAUUCACCCAUUACCAUAA